CCACAACGACCACCACAACCACCACCACAACCACCACCACCACCACAACCAUGGUCAAACCACGACAACCACCACCCCUGCUAGUACCUCUCCUGCUCCUCCUGGCCCUCUGCGCCCGCCGGGCCACCGCCACCCGCUACGCCACCCUCGGCGUGAUCCCUUUAGCCCCCGCCGGUGAUGAUUGGCUGUGGGUCAACUCGGCCCUCUACGGCUUCGGCUCCCCGCUCACCUCAGCCGCGGGCGUCCUGCGUGCCGCGACGGGAGAUCGCUUCGGCUGCUCGCCCGGGUUCACCUCCUUCUGGCCGGAGCUUCCCGGCGACGGCAAAUCCACCGCCGGACCCAAUCCCGCCGCCAAUUCUGGCCACGGAGGUGCCAAUCCCGCCGCCGGUGGUGGCAAUUCCACCGCCGCCAAUUCUGGCCACGGAGGUGGCAAUUCCACCGCCGCCAAUUCUGGCCACGGAGGUGGCAAUGCCACCGCCGCCAAUUCUGGCCACGGAGGUGGCAAUUCCACCGCCGCCAAUUCUGGCCACGGAGGUGGGCAAUUCCACCGCCGCCGGUGGCAAUCCCACCACCGGAGUGGCCACGUCUGGCGGUGCCGGUGGUGGCGCUCCCACCACUGGUGGCGGUGGUGCUGGUGGUGGUGGUGGUGCGAGGUGGAUAGCCCUGGUGCAGAGAGGCAACUGCACCUUCAACACCAAGGUGCUGGUGGCCCAGAGCUUGCACGCCAGCGCCCUACUGGUGGUCAACAGCCAGGAAUUGACCGUGGAGGUGAUGGCGCUUGGAGGUGAGUGGUGGUGAGUGGCGGUGAGUCUGUGGGUGUCUCUGUGUGUGGGUGGUGAGU